CAUUCAGUUCAUGCCCACCAAUGGAGAAAAUUGGACAGUCAAACGUUUGAUUUCGCACAAAUUCACCAACCCACGUUUGAAAUAAGGAUUCGUUCAACUAAACCCCACCCCCACCCUCUCUCUCUCUCUCACCUCCUUUUCUUCCAUUCUUCUCUUCCCACCUGCUCUGAUUUAUAGGAAUUAGGGCUCCGACGCCCUCUCGCUAUUGCUGGGAUUGUUCAAGAUCAAACACUUUUGGUUCAAUGGCGGUUGCGAGUGGUUUCGUGAGCUCUGUUGCAGAGUUGAAGACGAAGAUGGAGUCGACUAGCCUCGUCCAUGGCGUUACAUCUGCUUCUUCAUCGUCCGUGGCUUGUUUUCCUUCUCAGGUUCGAAACCUAUGCAAGUCAUCGAAGAUCAAAUUGAAGGUCCCUGAAAGAGGAGCAUUUGGUUUGAGCAUUAGAUGUGAGGUUAACUCGGACACAUUGGUUCGCAACGAUGAGAUUGGAUCGAAAGCAUCGAGUCUUUCCGCUCUCCAACUUCUCAAGACAUCCGCCGGCGAUAGAUAUACAAAGGAAAGGAGCAGUUUACUGGUUAUUGGGCUUAAUGUUCACACAGCACCAGUUGAGAUACGUGAGAAGCUUUCAAUUCCAGAAGCACAAUGGCCUCAAGCGAUAGGUGAGAUAUGUGCUUUGAAUCAUAUUGAAGAGGCUGCUGUUCUGAGUACCUGCAAUAGAAUGGAAAUAUAUGUUGUGGCUCUCUCCCAGCAUCGAGGGGUUAAAGAAGUGACUGAAUGGAUGUCAAAGAUAAGUGGAGUUUCAGUUUCAGACCUUUGUCGUCACCGAUUUUUGCUCAAUAACAAAGAUGCCACUCGGCACCUCUUUGAAGUAUCUGCUGGCCUGGACUCUGUUGUUCUCGGAGAGGGUCAGAUUCUUGCUCAGGUGAAACAUGUUGUAAAAUCUGGACAGGGAGUUCAGGGAUUUGGUAGAAAAAUCAGCGGGCUUUUUAAACAUGCUCUGACGGUUGGGAAACGUGUCAGAACCGAGACAAAUAUCUCUGCAGGAUCAGUGUCAGUCAGUUCAGCUGCCGUGGAACUUGCCCUAAUGAAACUCCCGACAUACUCUUGUACUACUGCUAGAGUGUUGGUGGUUGGGGCAGGCAAGAUGGGGAAACUUGUGAUCAAACAUUUGGUUGCAAAAGGGUGCACAAAAAUGGUGGUUGUUAACAGAACUGAAGAUAGAGUUGCUGCCUUGCGUGAGGAGCUCAAGGACGUUGAAAUUGUUUACCAACCUCUCACCGAAUUGCUGGCUUGUACUGCCGAAGCUGAUGUAGUUUUCACCAGCACUGCUUCAGAAACCCCGUUGUUCUUGAAAGAGAAUGUUCAGACACUUCCCCCUGUGAACUCUCAAGUUGGAGGGCGGAGGCUGUUCAUUGAUAUUUCCGUUCCUAGAAAUGUAGGAUCAUGUGUCUCUGACCUUGAAACUGCAUGUGUUUACAAUGUGGAUGAUCUCAAGGAUGUCGUGGCAGCUAACAAGGAGGAUCGGCUCCUGAAAGCAAUGGAAGCUAAGGCAAUAAUCCCAGAGGAAGUCAAACAAUUUGAAGCUUGGAAGGAUUCUCUUGAGACUGUUCCUACCAUAAAAAAGCUUAGGGCAUAUGCUGAGAGAAUUAGGGCUUCCGAGCUCGACAAGUGUUUGUCAAAGAUGGAUGUUGAUAUUUCAAAGACAAAAAAGAAAGCAAUUUAUGAUCUUAGUGUAGGUAUAGUAAACAAGCUCCUACAUGGUCCAAUGCAGCACCUGAGAUGUGAUGGAACUGACAACCGGACUCUAAGUGAGAUACUCGAGAACAUGCAUGCUCUUAACAGGAUAUUUGGACUUGAGACAGAGAUUUCCAUGUUGGAAGAAAAGAUUCGAGCCAAGAUGGACCAGUCCCAGAAGUAAUGUUCUUGGAAUUGGUUUCUUUGUUGUUUCAAGUUCACCAUUUUUUCAAAACUCAGGAUGUAUUUCUCACCACGUUGGUGCUAUGCAUUUUGGUAGAGCGGUGGGUCCAUAUGGAUGCUGUUGUAUUUGUGGCUUUGUGUGUCCCUCACUUGGUUUCACCAUUAUACGUCUCUGCGUUGUAUAUUAAGAGAUAUUCUCCAUGGUAGGAAUGAAUAUACACGGAUAUGAGCAGAUAGUACGGUAGGGAAGGCGAUAAAAUUUUUCCAGUUAGAGCUUUUCUUUGUAACCGAGGGUUAUCCUUGUCGCGGAUGAAAGUGACACCUACUGCAAACUUCUUAUAACUUGCGGUUUACCAAUCUGAUUUAUUCAAGAUUUCAGAUGCCUGGCUAAUCUAAGGUUUGGCUCCUCUCCAAUUUUAUUUACCCCCGAGUUCUCAAUUACUGUAUCUAAUUUUCUAUUUUGUAUAAUUUUUGGCAUUUUUCUGUUGUUUAUUCUUUAAUAAACAUUCCUAAAAGGAGAGAAGUUGCUUUUUUUUCUUUCUUUCUUCCAAUGUCAUCUUCAAAUGUGAGGAAGAUAAAACUUCAUCAAAUAAAGGA